GCCCCCUGCGCACCCCCGGCGGCACGCACCUGGCGCCGCCGUGCCCUGAUGAUCAGUGCUCAGCAGUGCCGCCCACCUGUGCCUAUUAGUGCCACCCACCUGUACCCAUCAGUACCACCCACCUGUGCCCUGCAGUGCCUAGCAGUGCCACCCACCUGUGCCCAGCAGUGCCUAGCAGUGCCAACCACCUGUGCCCAGCAGUGCCAACCACCUGUGCCCAGCAGUGCCACCCACCUGUGCCCAUCAGUGCCACCCAUCAGUGCUGCCGAGCAGUGCCCAGCAGUGCCGUCAGUCAGUACCACCCAUCAGUGCUGCCUAUCAGUGCCGUCUAUCAGCGCAGCAUCAUCAGUGCCAGCUCAUCAGUGCUGCCUAUCAGUGCCCAUCAGUGCUGCCUAUCCAUGCCACCUCAUCAGUGCCUCCUAUCAGUGCUGCCUAUCAGUGCCUCCUAUCAGUACCGACUAUCAGUGCCCAUCAGUUCUGCCUAUCAGUGCCGACUAUCAGUACCGACUAUCAGUGCCCAUCAGUGCUGCCUAUCAGUGCCUCCUAUCAGUACCGACUAUCAGUGCCCAUCAGUGCUGCCUAUUAGUGCAGCCUCAUCAACGCACAUCCGUGAAGGAGAAAAAUUACCUGUUUGCAAAACUGUGUAAUAGAAACAAAGAAAACCUUUUUUUUCAAAUGUUUUGAUUUUUUUUUGGUAUAUAACACAAAAAAUAA